UCCAGCCUUACCAAUAAGGAGGACUAUAUACUCGAAGUCGAUGACACGUUCGCAGUAGCACGGCGAAGACUCCUCGCUUCGUAAAGUUUUCGUUUUUAUACUAGCUUUCUCACUCCUCAGCGCCGUUCAAUCCGUCGGGCUCGAAGCCCUCAGGCUGUCCGCCGGCUAACCACGUCCGCCUCCCAAAUCUCGCCGGAGAAAUCGACGUCUUUGCUGGAGUUUAUCUUCGUUGGCUCCCCAAUCAAUCUCUACUCUCAGAUCCUCUUCAUUGAACCCUCUCUCUGCAACGUCAAUGCCGACGUUGAAUCUUUCGGGAACCUCCUUGUUGCUGGCAUGCGGGGGAGGGCGCUAGCACGUGGGGCCGGCGACGUGGUGGUGAGGAAGGUUGGGAUGUCGAGCGCCGGAAUGGAGGCCGGGUCGAUGCAGGUUGUGAGGGUGAAAAGGGAGGUACUUGCCGCGUGCAUGACGUGUCCCCUUUGCCAUAAACUCCUUCGUGGCGCCACCACUAUCUCAGAGUGUCUCCAUACGUUUUGCAGGCAAUGUAUUUUUGAGAAACUAAAUGAUGAAGAGGCAGAAUGCUGUCCUAUAUGUCAGAUUGAUCUAGGUUGUGUUCCAGAAGAGAAGCUAAGGCCUGAUCAUAAUCUUGAAGAUGUGAGAGCUAAGAUCUUCCCCUACAAAAGGAAAAAGGUUAAUAGUCCUGAAGUUGUCCCAUCCAUUACAUUGCCGGUUAGAAGAAAGGAACGGUCACUAUCUUCAUUAGUGGUCAAUACCCCUAGAAUGGGAGCACAGACAAGCUUGACAGGGAGAAGAACAAAAGCAGUAACUAGAAGGGCAUCCGCAUUACGUGGAGUAAGUCCAGUUAUUGAUGAUUCUAAAAAGAAAGAAUGUUAUAAUGAUGAUCUUGCAGAUUCCAGCUCAACAGAGACUCUGAGCAAAUUGGCUCACAGUAGAAGGCAGACUUCAUCAAAUGCAGAAACAUCAAAUCUUACACUUAAUCAAGAUACCGAGAACAGUCCAGAAAGCUAUAAAUCUGAGCUGUGGAAGCCUUUGAACUGUCUUGUUGAAGUUGCCAAUAGGACAAAGAGUCUCAAGUCCGGUCCACAAACUCCUGCUGUGAAGGCAGAGCAAACAAAUGGCCCUGACAAUGAAAGUCAUAUGUACAGGACAAAGGUUCGGGAGCACCCUAGUAAAUUAAAAAUGAAAGAUGAAAAGAAUAACUAUGUUCCAGCUUCAUCAGCAAUGGCCAAAGCGAGAAGAAUGCAAGGUGUAAGUCGGAAAAGGAAGGAGCAAGGGCCUUCAGCUCAAGCAGUGCUGGAUGUUGCAGAUGCUGCACGUGAAAGAAGGAUCUGCCCAGUCUGGCUUUCAUUACUUUCGUCAGCUGACCAAAAUGGAGAUUCUCCUUUGCCUCAGAUAUCAGCAUCCUACCUAAGAAUUAAGGAAGGCAAUCUACCUGUUUCUUCCCUCCAGAAAUACCUUGUAAAGAAGCUUAACCUUGCAAGUGAGGAGGAGGUGGAAAUUGCUUGCCGAGGGCAGCCUGUUAAUCCCACAUUAUCUCUACAUGAGCUAACAGACCAGUGGCUCAACCAUGGAUCAUCACAGAGAGUGAAGGCAUCAGUUGGUAACUCUGCAAAGGACUUCAUAAUGGUUCUUACAUAUAGCCGUAGAGCUCAGUCAACGUGAGAUCUCUUCUAAGCUUGAACCGAAAGUCCUCUUGCAAGAUAUUCAUUUUUCCCCUCUUUUUCUGUUUUCUUUGCCUCAUUUUCUCCUCUUUUCUUCAUUCAAUUUGAUUUUCUUUUCUGUUCUUUAGAUGUUGUGAUUAAAGACUUCCUGCUUUCUUUCUUGUAGCUGUUCAAAGUGAAAUAGCUUUCCUCCCUCUUGCGUUUGGCAAUUUUCAUUCACAUAAAUUUGUAAUAUUGUUGCAUAAUAGUGUAAUCUAAAGGCAUCAAUUCUUCAUGUAGACUAUGAUUUGUUAUCAAAAACUAAUUUUUCCUGUAA